GAAAGCCCGGGUAGGAGCACAGCAUGGUGGAAAAUGGGGGCAGAAACCAGAUCCAGUCGCGUAAGACAUCCUUCACAUUAGGUUGAUGUUUCUUCAUUCUUCCUUGGCUGUUGCGGGUAUAAUGCCCUAACCAGAUAACUGAUGUGGAGAGGUUUGUUGUGGAAGGGCACCACCUGCCUCUUGCAGGUGACAGACCCAAGAUUUCUCCGCCAAAGACAUUAUACAUCCAUCUGUGUGAGGUUGUGCUCUCAGAUGCUCAGUCGAAGACAAUGUGAUUCCCCACAUGGCUUGGGAUUCAGAGGAAAAGACUACUUUCUGACACACAGUAGGAGCAGGGCUUAUAAAAAGGAUGCUAAGUCUACUCUAGAGUUUCCUAUGAGCCCCAUCACAGUCACAGACAUCAAACAGUAUCUCCGCGCCAAAGAAGUCUCCUUCCACGAUGGCUACAGCUGCCUCCACAUCGCAAGCAUCUUUGUCGACCCAUCUGAAAGGAAGGACAGCUUCUCCUUGUUCAUUGACAAAACUACCGGACAGUUUCUGUGCAAGGACACCCUGGUGGAAGGGAGCUGGGAGGAUCUACAGGACUCUCUGGAGGUUAUGCUGAAGGAGAAGAAAAACUCCCUCAGCCCUCAUGUGCUUCUGGGAUAUCCAGAGAGUUUGGAGGAGCAGGAGGAGAGGAAGAGAGAGCUCAGGGAGGUGAGGAGGAUCUGGUCCAGCUCUGUGCCCUUUACUGACCUUCCUGAGGAUGAGGCCAAACUGGUUAAAACCAUGUUCCAGAUAACAAAGAUCUCUAAUACCACCCUGAAGAAGUUUGGUGUGAGACUCUUCAAGCCCACAAAGAGUCUUGUUUUCCCCUGGUUUGGUGGACCCGACUCCUCAUUGAAGGGUGUGAAGCUCCUCUCUGCACAAAGCUCUGAAAAGGUGACCUAUAAUGAAGCUACAGUCCCAAAAUCGAACUCUUACCACAACCUGUUUGGCCUCCCUCUGGUUAACUGUAUGGACUCAGAGGUGGUUCUCACAGGAAGUGAGCUGGACACUCUGGCUGUGAGUCAGGCCACAGGACUCCCAAGUGUUGCUCUCCCACGUGGAGUCAGCUGCCUCCCGCCCAUCCUGCUGCCUUACCUGGAACAGUUCAAAUGUGUGACACUGUGGCUGGGAGGCGAUAUGCGCUCCUGGGAGGCGUCAAAGAUCUUCUCGCGUAAGCUCGGUCUGAGGCGCUGCUCGCUGGUUAGGCCUGGAGAGUACAGACUGUGUCCUGUGGAGGCACUCGCCAUGGGGAAGAACUUCAACAACAUCAUCAAAUCGUCCAUCCCAGCAGGUCAUAAGUCCAUCGUCUCGUUCAAGCAGCUCAGAGAGGAUGUGUACGGGGAGCUGAUGAACACAGAGCAGGUAGCCGGAGUGAAGUGGGCGAGGUUUCCUGAGCUCAACAGAAUCCUGAAGGGACACCGCAAAGGGGAGCUGACUGUUUUUACAGGUCCUACGGGCAGUGGUAAAACCACCUUCCUCAGUGAGGUCACUCUGGACCUUUGCAUGCAGGGAGUCAACACGUUGUGGGGCAGCUUUGAGAUCAACAACGUACGCCUGGCUAAGAUCAUGCUGACUCAGUUCGCCAUGCAGAGACUGGAGGAAAACCUGGAGCAGUACGACUUCUGGGCAGACAAGUUUGAAGAGCUGCCUCUCUACUUUAUGACUUUCCACGGACAGCAGAACAUAAAGACAGUGCUGGACACGAUGCAACAUGCUGUCUACCUGUAUGACAUCAACCACAUUGUCAUUGAUAACCUGCAGUUCAUGAUGGGCCAAGAGAACCUCUCAGUGGACAAGUUUGCCAUCCAGGAUCACAUCGUUGGAGCCUUCAGGAAGUUUGCAACAAACAGCAGCUGCCACAUCACUCUAAUCAUCCACCCAAGAAAAGAGGAGGACGACCGAGAACUACAAACAGCAUCAAUAUUUGGUUCAGCUAAGGCCAGCCAAGAAGCUGACAACGUCCUCAUCCUGCAGGAGAAGAAGCUGGUGACGUGCCCCGGUCGCAGGUCGCUGCAGGUGACGAAGAACCGCUUCGAUGGAGACGUGGGCAUCUUCCCUCUGGACUUUGUCAAGUCCUCACUUACUUUCUCCACUCCCAUGAAGGGCAAAUACAGACUGAAGAAAAUUCUCCCAAAGCCAGAGGACAAGGAGGCCAAGCAGUCGGUGGAGGCGGUGAAGAAAGACGAGGCCAAAAAGGAGAAGGGGGAGAAAACAGCUAAAACAGCAAAGACUCCGAGAAGUAGUAAGACUCCUACAAAUGGAAAUGAAAUCAUGCAGAGGCAAAAGUUGGGCAGAGACUUUGAUUAGAUUAUGUUGUCUGAUGGUUUUUGGUACGUUUUACCUCUCCUGUAAUUUGAUAGCUAAAAACAGGAAAAAAGCUGGUCCAGAUCCCCAUACAAGAUAGAGAAACUUAGCUGUAGAAAAUAUAAAUGUAAUGUAAAUAAAAUGUAUGAAAUAACAGCCUAGAUGGUAAUUCAGAAUAAAACAUUCAGUUAUAAAUCAAAUAAAAGUUUAGAUAUCAAAGAUUAAUUUUUUUCAAGUAUAGAUGGUUAAACCAGAAUGUGAAAUAAUGAUUUCAAAUGUUACUUGUGAAACUACUACACAGUUAGUUAAGCUUUCCUAUGCAGCUGUUACUGUAUGUAAAAGACAGUAUUGUCCAUUAAAGCAUUUAUGAAAGGCUACUAAAAUCAUUUCAAUUAUCUUUAAAAUACUCUUUCAUACUGCCAAAAGCACGUACACAUUACCAUAAUGUGACUUCUACUAAAUUUUUGUACAAGUUAUAAAAAGAGCUGCUUUUUUUAUAAUAAAUUGCUCAUGA